AUGAAUGGCCAAUCAGGCGAUGGCGAGGAGGCGACGGUCGUCGACAGCGGCCUGGCGGGCGACACGGCCCUCCUGCUCACCCGCUGGUCCCUGAGGUCCUUGCUGGAGCACCCCUUCCAGCACCCCCCCACCCUGGAGUUCCUCCGCUGGUUCCACAGGGUGGCCCCCCCGCACCCGGACACGGUAGACAAGAUCCUGGGCGACGCCGGCGCCAAGGAGGACCUGCUGCGGCUCUACCACCGGGCCGUGGAGCUCCGGGCUCCGGCCUCGCCCUCCCCCUGCAGAACGGAGACCCUCGAGCUGUUCACUGGCGUCAUGCUGCGUCUGCUGGAGGCCCAGGGACCCCUCCCUCUCGGGGAGCUCCACGCCGGGGUGGUCUCCGCCUGCCUGUCGGACCCCUCCACCCCUCAGGCCCGACGCGACGCCGGCGUGGUGCUGCUGUCGCUGUACGUCCACGAGAUGUGGAGCGGCGCGUGCUCGCCCCACCUCUUCCUCCAACACGUCCGCCUGGUGACCGCCGCAGCCAAGCCCAAGGGGAAGAGGAGGACGACCAAAUCUACGCUGGAGGAAUCGCACGUCAGUGCCAUCUGUAAUGACAUCGUCGCCAGGACCACAGACGGUUCCGGAACUCGGCCCUCAGUUUAAAAAAACAGAAAGAAUGAACCUUGACUUUUAAUCCUGUUUUUGUAUAAAAAUAACUAAACGUAAAAAUGAACUAUUCUGUUUUCUUCUGUUUGAUUUUUUAUCAUGUGUGUUUUGAAACCGGCUCAGCUCAGUUAUUUAAGUAAUAAUAUGGAUAUGAGCUCUGUAUAUUACAACUGGGUAAAUAAAAUACUAUCCUACACAUUACUCAAACUGAAAGGUGGUAAACUCAAUUCAUUUAUUAUUUUCAUAAAACGUCGCAGUGAUCAAGUUGGUUUAUCCUCAGUGGAUCUUUGUGUGUUCCUCAGUGGAUCCAUUUGAAAUAGUAAGUGGACAUCGAUUCAGAUUCACUACCCCUCAGACCAGUGGACUGCGCCUCCGUUUUUGCUGAUUGCGAGUCCUGCAAAAUAAUACACUAUCAAUCAUUAAAUGGAAUGGAUUUUCCCUCCUUCUGGUACUUGGCCUUUAACUUUUUACAUCAAACUUGCCUCAAAAAGUUUCCGUUGCAGGACAUCAGAGUGAGGAUUAGGAAGAGAAACCCGACAAACGCAGCCAUGGUGAUCCAGAAUAUUAUAACUAUAGAGUCUGUAAGGAGAAAUAGAUCCAGAAUGUGGUAGCCAUAGUCUUUUUAGGAUAGAUACAUAAAAAUGUAAUGACUUAAUAGUCUGUAAGGAGUUUGAUAUACCAAGAAUACAUCUAGGGUAUAUAAGGAGAUGUAUAUAUUCUAAAUAUAACUAUGUUGUAUAAAGG